AUGCCCAAAAAGUCUACUAUUCGGGAUGAAGUAUGGAAGAAUUACUUUAAGUCUCAUCCCAUCCAUAGAAGCUAUCGCACAAACAUUUUUACAGACUAUGAAGAUUUAAGAAUCGCAAUUGGAAAUGAAACUACAAUUGGAAAAAAUACAAUCAGAUUAGAGGAAGCUACUGAUGCAAGAACACUUGAGGAAGAGGAAAAUAGAGGUUCUGCUUUAGAUGAGUUGAUUUAUGAUACUAAUAUUUGGACAUUCAUACAUAAUAAUGUGCAAGAUUUCUUGUAUCAAUCUUCAUCUUAUGGAUACUCCAUUUUACUGCUACCCUCUGAUACCAUUAAUCUAGAUGUUCCUCAAGGACGCAAAAAACGUAAUAGAAGUGAGUUUGAAGAAAAAACUACUUCUUCUGAGUCUAAUCAUAAUCAACAUAUAUUAUAA